GGGCGUCGAGGCGCCCUUAGCUGAGAAAGCGCGCUUCUUUUUGUCAGCAGCAGUUCGCGAGGGCUUGUUUUUAGACAAACAAAAAGCGUAAUUUCUACUAAGCGCCAGGAGAGGAUUAGUUUUAUGUUGGUAAAUUCUCUAAACAACUUACAACAGGCAGCAGCAAUUCCUUCCGCGCCUGCAUUGUGCGCUUUUACGCAUCUACGUGGUUGAACGACAUAAAUCAAUUCCAGCUGGAGCGGGAAGGAAUGGUAGCUCCUCCCUCCUUCCCAUUUCAGAAAUUCCCUUCUGUAGGGUAUAAAAAGCAGGAGUCGACUCCUGAAAAGUUUUUCAGUAACAGGGAUCAGUCCUGGAACACCGGAAGAGCAGAGGAAAGGUCAGCAUAUUCUGGGAUGCGUUCCCUCCACCACUUUCCCGCUGAAAAUUGUGCUACCAGACGAAGAAGAAUUUCAGCAUGCUGCUAAAACUAAUAAUCUGGACACAAUGGAAAGACUGUUUAAGAAAAGAAUUAAUAUUAAUGCUGUAAAUAGUCUGAAGCGCACAGCACUCCAUUUUGCUGUUGCAGGAAAUCAUGUAUCUGCAGUAGACUUUCUCCUCCAUCACAAAGCCAGAGUUGAUGUAGCAGAUAAGCAUGGACUUACUGCAAUUCAUCUUGCUGCGUGGUCUGGAAAUCUGGACAUAAUGCUGAUGUUGAUUAAAGCAGGCGCUGAUCAAAAAGCUAAGAACAAGGAGGGAAUGAAUGUCCUGCACUUUGCAGCCCGGAACAAUAAUGUUAGAAUAGUGGAUUAUUUUAUCCAAGAUCUUCACUUGAUGGAUCUUAAUAAGCCUGAUGAGAAAGGUAGGAAGCCAUUCCUUGUUGGAGCUGAAAUGGGCCAUGUAGAAAUGACCAAUGAGUUGAUUUCCCUUAACUUAUCCACAUCAGAAAAGGACAAUGAAGGAAACACUGCAUUGCACCUGGCUGCUAAAAAUGGCCACAGUGAGGUGGUAGAAGUUCUUCUUCAAGAGUGGAAAGAAAUAAACGAGUUAAAUGAGAAUGGUGAAACCCCAUUUUACCUAGCUGUGGAAGGAGGCCAUGAAGGGUGUGCCGAUCUGUUAUUGGAAGCCGGAAGUGACAUCAAUAUUUCCAACAAACACAAUACCAGUGCAUUGCAAAUAGCAACCCAGAAUGGACAUACAGCUUUGGUCACAUUUCUUAUCAAUAAAAAUAUAGAUCUGGGAGUGCAUCCUCAGCAAAAGAGUCCUCCACUCCAUUUGGCUAUCUUAAAAAAUAACCUACCUGUGGUAAAUAGUUUAAUAGAAGCUAACCAUGAUAUAAACUCGCUCGAUCAGAGACAUCAAACACCUUUACACCUGGCAGCAGACCUUGGAAAUGUGGAAGUAAUUGAAAUGCUGCUAAAGGCAGGUUGUGACUUGAAAAUUGUGGACAAGCAAGGAAAAACUGCACUAGCUGUAGCUUCCAGGAGCAAUCAUGCCUUGAUUGUAGAUAUGAUUAUAAAAGCAGAAAGAUAUUACACCUGGAAACAGGAGCAACUUCAAAGUGGUGAUGAUCCGCAAAAUGAUAUUCUGUCUUUUAAACAAGAUCACGGUGUGCAGACCAAACAAAUUCGUUCCUCCCUUUGGAAUCUUGCUUACAACCAGUUAAAAAUGCGUGAGUGGGCAAAACUGGCACAAUUUUGGAAGUUUACAGAUGAGCAAGUCAAAGCUAUUGAAGAACAGUGGACAGGAAAAAAGAGCUACAAGGAACACGGACACAGAAUGCUUCUCAUCUGGUUGCAUGGCAUCCUAAUGGCUGGCCAGAAUCCAGUUAAAUAUUUGUAUGAAGAUCUGGUAAAAGGAGGAUUCAGAGAUCUAGCUGAGAAGAUCAGAGCAGAAAAUAAUGCUGGCACAGAAUCCAAGAAAUGUGCAAUUUCAUGAACUCAUCCACCAAAGAGCUGGAAACUACAUACAUUCUGGAAUUUACAGGUGCCAUUUUUAUUUUUCAAUAGAAGAUGCUUCUUCAAAAGCAGCCAGUUUGUUCCCCAAACUUCUAUUUCAGUGCACUGAAACAUAUUUGUACGACAAAAGGUUUUUGGUUUUUUGGCAAGAGAAUACCAUGUAUUUUUCUUACGGCAAACAAUUCUAUAGUGGACAUGUGAAUUAAAACUUUGCGUUAGAUACUUAACAGAAUCUUGAGACUUAAUGCAAUGAAUUUUAUCUAAACUUCAUAACCUGAAGGUUCUAAUAUGAGGUUACCAUACAGUACACAACUGAUGUUCCUUCAGUAUAAAGUGUUUUUCAGCAUAAUUUUUUCCUUCUAAAGUUUAAAGUUUCCUCCCUCUUAUUUCUGCAUGUAGACCACCUGGAAACCAAAAAAAUAUUUUUCCAGAAUGGUGUGAUGGUACAAAAUUAUACAAAUUGUGUAUUAGGGCUGAAAGAGCUGUACAUACCCAAGCUUUUGCAACCAUCCUUGUCUCAAUGCAACCUCCUGUUCCUUGAAGUGGCAGUCAGCAUUGGGAAGGGAAAUUGGCAGGGCCUCUGCAUGCAGUGCCUUAGGUGUCCACAAAAGCCUCUUUGGAUCCUGGGCCAAGAAUAUCCCAGCCUGCCCAGAGAUCACCUGGAGGAGAACAAUUUCUUGUCCUCCUAGAACUCAGGCAUUUAGUGUCGCCAGUCCAAUUUUGUGAAAUACUCUCAGCUACUAAUUUUCAGGUGUUUCUUGAAAAUGUUUUUAUGGCAAGAGGCCUAUUUAGCUGUCCAACCAUUUUUCUUUCAAGAUGAGACCAUCAUUUUAUUAAUAUUUUGUAUUGCUUUCAAGGUAUUUUCUAUUUUAUUGAACCUGUAAAAUUUUUCUGUAUACCAUAUGGCUAUUUUAUAUGCAAGGGUGGUGUCUAAAUAAAUAACCAUGGUCAAACUAGGUUACAGUCA